AUGUCUUCCACCAACAACAGCUCGCCAACGCCCAUCACGCACACCGGGAAGGCAUUGGUGGAGAACAACCUCCUAUUCCAGCCAUCAAAGCGAGAUAUCUUCCCCUGGCUCCACCUACCCCGCGAGCUCCGCGAUACAAUCUACCGCCAUUCCAUCACGGCCGGCAACCUUGCCAUCCUCCGAAUCAGCAAGCUGGUCACCGAAGAGGCAUCCCAGCUCCUACCAAAGCAUGCCGUCCUCCGACUCAACCUCGCCCCGUUCGACCCCACAGACUGGGACCACGGCGGGAACUGGGCGCGUUUCGCUCCGGCCGUAGGUUCCGUCCCGCGCGUGGAGUUCCGCCUCGACUGCAACUCGGGCGCCUUCCCGUUCAACGUCGAUCUCAUCUCAGGCUUCGCUGGCGACGGGGCCACCCGAGAGUCCUGCGUCGUCACGGUCGAUUACGGCAAAGAGGCGUCCCCUCCCUAUACCAUGGAUCGCGAUAGACUCUACCUCCAGCUCGCACGCCUCACUGGUUUCAAGCGCUUGGUGUUCAAGAUCGUGGUUGGGAGAUACCAGGCCAGCGAGUUCGAGGGGCUUCUUACCGAAGAGCAAUUCCGAGACGUCUUCCCCUAUGAGUCGAGGCUGGUGUCGCACCAUAGGGAGGGCUAUCAGAAUGUGCAGAGGUUUUUGGAAUGCAGCUUGGGACCAGCAACGUUCGAUGAUAGCGUGGAGGGUCAUCAUCUUGAGUUCCAUCCUCUUGAGCCCGUCCCCGAGGAUUGGAAUCGGGUGUAUGUGGACUUUGAUUGA